AUGCCGACAUCAAGUCAGGGAGUUGAAAACCAGACUACGGCAGCUAGGCCGACUGACGGACGCGACGCCAUCAAUGAGCAAAGCACGCUAGAGCCACUAAGUCGCUCCGGCUCGGUGGCGAAACAAAAGCAUGAGGCAAUACUAGAGCUGGAGUUGAAGCUAUUCAAGAACAUGACGAUUCGUAUUGUUCCUCAAGCCACCCCCCUCAGACCUAUGUUGCGACCAGGCGAAGUGCUGCCUCCUGACCAUAUCGCGGCAAAUGCUCCAGGCGGACGCUCGGUGAACACGUUGGCGAAGAGUUUCCGAGCCCUACGUUUCGGACGAAGAUAUCCGCUGCCCGUCCAGAACACUAUCUCGGUAUGCCCCGGACCGCCUAGUCAGGAUGAUAUGUUCGUCGAUUGCGAGCCAAUUGGAUAUAUCGAUUAUCUCAGUCACCCGUGGGACACAGGGGAUGUCAUGCUUUCUUGGCGAUUCGUUAGCCAAAGAAAGAGUGCCGUGCAUAAUUCCCAGAGACUCGAGAAUUCGGCAUGUCGCUGCUGGACGAAACUCCCCCGCGAUACGUCCCUCAUUUUGUCGCCAGCGGUGGAAUUGGAAAAGAAAGUCCGCUGCCACUUUGAUCUUAGAGGAAUCCCUAUCACAAUCAUCGCUGUUGAAACGUGCCGUCGGGAUUAUCAAGAUCGAGCAGGAGGUUUCGAGCUCCGGACGACCAAUCCUGCCGGCGCCUUUCACUACAAUAUCAACACUUCCUCCGAACCACAGGGUGUCUCCCACGCGCACGCCUCCAGCAGAAAAUUGUUUACCAACGCUUUCUAG